UGUUGUUUCUUAUUUUCUAGGGGUUGCUUAACCACAUAACCUCUCACAACUCUGAACCAAAACAACAUUGUUCGUGGAGCACCCUCUUUUUAAGGUAGAACUUUAGACUUCAUAGCACUGAAUUAACCUGCACUGAAAGCUGUUUACCUGCAUUUGUUCACUUUUGUUGAAAGUGACCAUGUCUCAAGUUCAAGUGCAAGUUCAGAACCCAUCUGCUGCUCUCUCGGGGGGCCAAAUACUGAACAGGAACCAGUCUCUCCUCUCACAGCCUUUGAUGAGUAUUCCUUCUACUACUAGCUCUCUGCCCUCUGAAAAUGCAGGUAGACCUAUUCAAAACUCUGCUUUACCCUCUGCAUCUAUCACAUCCACCAGUGCAGCUGCAGUUCCUUCUAACUUGGCACACCCCAAAGAGAAAACCCCCAUGUGUCUUGUGAAUGAGUUAGCCCGUUUCAACAAGAUUCAGCCUGAGUAUAAGCUUAUGCGUGAGCAAGGUCCAGCUCACUGUAAGGUGUUUACAGUACAGCUAACACUUGGAGAUCAGCACUGGGAAGCGGAAGGAACUAGUAUUAAAAAGGCCCAACACACAGCUGCUGCCAAAGCUUUGGAAGGAACAAAAUUUCCUAACCCUAUAGUCCGCCCUUUUCGUAGCGAAGGAAGGAAUCCAGAAAGCAUAACUCCUACUGUGGAACUAAAUGCACUGUGCAUGAAACUUGGAAAAAAACCAAUGUACAAGCCUGUUGACCCUUACUCUCGGAUGCAGUCCACCUAUAACUACAACAUGAGAGGAGGUGCUUAUCCCCCGAGGUAUUUCUACCCAUUUUCAGUUCCACCUUUACUUUAUCAAGUGGAACUUUCUGUGGGAGGACAGCAAUUUAAUGGAAAAGGAAGAACGAGGCAGGCUGCAAAACACGAUGCUGCUGCUAAAGCAUUGAGGAUCCUGCAGAAUGAGCCCCUUCCUGAGAGGCUGGAGGUGAAUGGAAGAGAGUCCGAGGAAGAAAAUCUCAAUAAAUCUGAAAUAAGUCAAGUGUUUGAGAUUGCACUUAAACGGAACUUGCCUGUGAAUUUUGAGUCUUUCCCUCUGACACAGGUCGCCCGGGAGAGUGGCCCGCCCCACAUGAAGAGUUUUGUGACCAAGGUGUCAGUCGGGGAGUUCGUAGGGGAAGGUGAAGGGAAGAGCAAGAAGAUUUCAAAGAAAAAUGCUGCUAUCGCUGUUCUCGAGGAGCUGAAGAAGCUGCCUCCCCUCCCGACCGUGGAGCGGGUGAAGCCUAGAAUCAAAAAGAAAACAAAAUCCAUAGUCAAACUGCACACAGGCCCAGAGUAUGGCCAGGGCAUGAAUCCAAUCAGCAGACUGGCCCAGAUCCAGCAGGCCAAGAAGGAGAAGGAGCCGGAGUACUUGCUGCUCACCGAGCGAGGCCUGCCACGCCGCAGAGAGUUUGUGAUGCAGGUGAAGGUCGGAAACCACACCGCUGAAGGAGCAGGCACCAACAAGAAGGUGGCCAAACGCAACGCAGCUGAGAACAUGCUGGAGAUCCUGGGCUUCAAAGUCCCGCAGGCUCAGCCCGUCAAACCUGCCCUCAGAUCAGAGGAGAAGACACCAAUAAAGAGACCAGGGGAUGGAAGGAAAGUAACCUUUUUUGAGCCUGGCGCUGCAGAUGAAAAUGGAACGAGUCCUAAGGAAGAUGAGUUUAGGAUGCCUUACCUCAGUCACCAGCAGCUGCCUGCUGGCAUUCUUCCUAUGGUGCCUGAGGUUGCCCAGGCUGUAGGUGUCAGUCAAGGACAUCACACCAAAGAUCACGCCAGAGCAGCUCCUAACCCUGCCAAGGCCACGGUGACUGCCAUGAUAGCCCGAGAGUUGUUGUAUGGGGGCACCUCGCCGACAGCCGAGACCGUUGUAAAGAAUACCUUCUCUUCGGGCCACGUGCCCCAUGGACCUCUCAUGAGACCCUCGGAGCAGCUACAAUACCUUUCGAGGGUCCAAGGAUUCCAGGUUGAAUACAAAGACUUCCCCAAAAACAACAAGAAUGAGUUUGUAUCUCUAAUCAAUUGCUCCUCUCAGCCGCCCCUGAUCAGCCACGGCAUCGGCAAAGAUGUGGAGUCCUGCCAUGACAUGGCAGCAAUGAACAUCCUGAAGUUGCUGUCUGAGUUGGACCCACAAAGUACAGAGAUGUCAAGGACGGGAAAUGGACCGUUGUCCGUGUGUGGGAGGUGCUGAACCUUUCCUGGCCACGAACCAUGACUAAAUCCCAACAUAGAUACUGAAAAUAAUGAAACUGCUUUGAAAAAAAAAAAAAAGGAAUUUCUGAUCCCUCCAGUGGGCUGCGAGGCGUGGAGAUGACAAACUGGACUCGACUUGGCACAGAAGGCGGGCACAGCCAGCGGCUGUCGUGGUGGAGGUGUGCACUGUGCUUGCGGUUUGUGGUGAAGGGGCCAGAGCAGAGCAGGGCCUGCCUAGCCUGGGCUUUCGGCAGAGUGAGAGAAACCAUGUGCAACAUCUCAACACUGGCUCACCCAUCCAGUGCCGGGUAAACCCUGGGCAGCCACUCUGCAGAGGUAGUCUGGCCCCGAGCUGCAAGCUCCUGAGAACAGAUGCUUCCUACUCAGUGUGGCUGAGCCCGCCUUUGGGAGGUCCCCAGUGCCCACCUCAUAGCCACUGCUUUCUCUCCAGCACCGUAUACGUCCUUAGUUUCAUUGCUUUCUUUUGAUUAAAAUGACACUAUAUACAAUUUUUAUGGGCAAGUUUCUCAAUUGUAUCUAGUUAUAUAGCACAGUUUAGAAACUUGUCUGAAAUGGAUUUUAUUAGUAACCUAACUGGCAACGAUCAUAUCUGUGUGUGCGUGCGCGUGUGUGUGUGCGUGCGUGCGUGCGGGGCUGGUAAGCAGCCUUCAUUUCAUUGGACUGAUUGACCCAGGAUCAUUUCACUGACCCAAGCCAGGUGCCCUUGGGUGCUGCCGAACCAGCCCUGGACUUGGCAGAAACCUGAUGAAGUCUCCCCCAGGUGUAUAAAUUGGACAUUUUGAACUUCAAUUGAUCAUUCAGUUUCUUUUCAUUUUUUUGUGGGCUAAUGGAAAGCCUUAAACAUGGAUUUGGAUCUGUUUUCAAGAUGAUGAACAUGAUUGUAUUCGCACACACUCGGCUCUUUGGGACCUAUGGCUUCACCGCACCACACACAGUGUUCUGCUCUCUGGAGCACAGGAAGCAUGCUGGAUACUGUUAAGUGCACCUACCCGUUGGCCUGAGAGAAUGACUAUGCUGACAGGUAGCUGUGCUGCUUUGGAUGUGGUGCGGGCACAGGAGGUACGCGGUGUGCUUCUGCACGAGGCCCACUAAUGACUGCUCUCAUGCAUUGUUUACUUACGCUGGAAGUUUUUCUCCCCAUGGAAUGUAAGUAAAAUGGUGUUUGUCACCAAUAAAUGGUAAUAGUAAUUUUUUUUAAUUUAUUCUUAAAUGCCACUAUUGCUAGAUUGCACCCGCCCUUUCCUCCCCUUUUUUAUUUUUAAGGAAAUAAAUUUGUAAUGCUUGUGAUUCCACCUGGGCAAAAUCUGAAGAUCUGAAAUAGCUUUCUAUCAAACCAUUGAUCAAUAAACAGCUACUAAUGAA